AUGAGCGGUCCGCCGGCGGGGGCGGCGGAGUGCGCGGGGCGUGGGCGCAGACGGACUGUCCGCUGGUGGGGCAGGGCAUCGACCCGUACUCGGGGGGGGCUGGUCGACACCAAGCCGCCCGUCUACGUCUCCGUGCUGCUCAAGAAGCUCAUCGCCGUCGACGAGAUCCAGUACAGCUACAGCGCCUACUUCUCCAUCGUCACCACCUGGCGCGACCCACGAGGUGCGUGCUGCUAUCUCCGAGCUCGUCCGCGUGCUCCCCUCUUGACCCUCGAGGUGCGUGCUGCUAUCUCCGAGCUCGUCCGCGUGCUCCCCUCUUGA